ACAUUUCGUUUAAACUAACCCCUGCCCUUCUCACGUUUUUCAGCACUGUGACCUCAGAGUGUCGGUGAUCAGAUUUAUUUUAUUCUGAAUGAAAAACAGCUGAAAAAUAAUUUGAAAACGGUAAAACCGCACCACGUCUUCACCGCGGCGUCCAGCGACUCGUUGGCCGUACAUCAGCAAAGUUAGCUAGACUACCACCAGGAGAGGUGAAGAGGAGACAUGGCUGCAGUGGAAGAGCUGUCCCCGGCUUCAGGCCCGGUGUCUACCCAGCCUCCAGAAGACGAGAUAGACGAUGACGAAGAUGAAGAUAUGGAUGAGACCCUGGCGGAGAGGUUAUUGGGCCUGACGGAGAUGUUCCCUGACACCGUGAGGACAGCUGCAGAUGCAUCUGUGCAGUGCUCGGUCUCCUUGUUCAAGAAGUUUUACAGCUUUUCCCGCUCUGCUCUCUGGGUGGGUACGACCUCCUUCAUGAUCCUGGUGCUCCCUGUUGUGUUUGAGACAGAACGGCUACAGCUGGAGCAGCAGCAGCUGCAACAGCAGAGACAGAUCCUAUUAGGGCCCAACACUGCGAUGUCUGGUGGGAUGCCCGGCAUGAUGCCUCCUGCACCUGGCAAAUUGUGAGGAGCAGGAGAUUCCAACGUGAGCCUGACGUCUGCUGCCGUCAAUACAGCUGGGUCGUCUGCAGAGAGAGACAAAGAGAUCAGGGGGAAAAGGCCAUUUUUGAAGAAAUCCUGCAUAUCGACAACACUGCUGAGAUUCAUAACACUUUGAUUUCAUUGUCUACUUGUUCCCAAUGUCAUGCAGAGACUGAUUUUCAUGAGCACUGCUUCUGCCAUCUUGUUUUUUUAAAUUCAUACUUAUUUCAGCAUCAAUAAUGUCGGGUGGGUGGGUAGCAGAUACAUGCGAAUAAGAAGAGGUCUGAACAUUGUCUGCAGUCUGAUCAGUGUUUCUGGUUUUAGAUGUUAUGUCUUGGUGUGUGUGCUGGUUGCUCCUGUAUGAGAAGAAUAGUGGUAGUUAUAAAUGUCAGACAGGUCUAAAGAAAUGUGACAAGGAAUAUUAGUUGUCGACAGAGCGGCUUCUUCAGGUCCUGGAAACCACAUGGCUGUAGUCUUCUCUGUGUGGAGUUUCCUGCCACUGCAUUUCGUCAUGAUAUAAAAUGUUUGCGCUUGAAGCUGUGAUGCCUCUUUCUUUAAACUCGACAAAAUGUAUUUCUCCUCUUUAAACCAUGGUACAAAUAAUGCCGCCAUAUUGGAUGUAAGGUUAUCUUUUUUUCAUUGAUUUAGUGUAAAAACUCAGCAAUCCUUGUUUUGACAGGUUUCCUGUUGUCAUUUAGGGAGCAAUUUACAGUCUUAUUUACAUUUGUCACUUUUUGUCUCACUUGACUGCAAAAAUUAAAACACCAAAUGAAAUGGAA